GGUCAUCCAUGCAUUCUGAUUGGUCAAGGGUGUCUUUCAGGUAGAUAUGCUGUGGUCCACAUGCACAUGCUCUACCCCACACACAUACAGACUUUUUUUUUUUUUCUUCUUUUUAAUUUAUUUACAACAAACAAGCAAACAAAAAAAAGUGGGCCAUGCCUGUGCAGUCGAGAAGGUUAUCAAAGUUGCAGACAGAGAGGAAGAAGAGGCUGAGGUUUGCUCUGAUCAUCUGCUGUGUGCUGCUCAUGUUAUUAUUCCUGGCACUGGGACUACACUACAUCAUCAGACACAUAAACUCAAAGUUUUACUUCUGCGCUCAGUCUCUGGCAUUCGUUCCCAUCGUAAAUGCGUGCGAUGGGAAGUUCGACUGUGACGCUGGAGAGGACGAGCUCAACUGUGUGUCCAGCCUGAGGAUCAACACCACGCAUACGGUGAGGUUGAUGGGUGAAAGUUUGAUUCUACAGGUUUUUGCUAACAAUGAAACAUGGAGCACUGUAUGUGCAGACAACUGGAGAACCCAAUACACUCGAUUAGCCUGCCAGCAACUGGGUUAUACACAGAGCCCACGGAGUAUACAAGUUCCCGUGAGGAGUCUGCAUCCUGACCUACAGACUGCGUUCAGUGUCGUCAAUAGCGAAGACCAAGAAGCAAGUGCAAACAUUCAGAAUGUACUCCGUAUGAGAGAUCAGUGUGUGUCUGGCUCGGUAAUAUCGCUGUCCUGCUCAGACUGUGGUGAGGUGGUUGGUGAAGAUCGGAUCCUUGGUGGUAAGGACACAACAAUAGAAUCGUGGCCAUGGCAAGUUAGUGUGCAAUGGGACACGCAGCAUUCAUGUGGAGGAUCGCUAAUCUCGACACGAUGGAUAAUCAGCGCCGCUCACUGCUUCGCUGGAAGAAACAAAGAACUGAGCCAGUGGAGGGUGGUUUUAGGCCAAACCUACAUGACUUCGUCUGGGGCUGUGUCGGUGGAAAGCAUCCUGCUACACCCAGCUUACAACUCUGUGUCGCGUGACUACGACAUCGCCAUGGUCCGACUCGCCUCUGAUGUUCUUCCUGGAGCCUCCAUCCAUCCAGUCUGCCUGCCCCCAUACCAGCUGUCAAUCAUGCCAGGGGAAGAACUUGUUGUGACUGGGUGGGGUGUACAACAAGAGAAGGGUCAUCUGUCAAAUGUUCUGCAGAAAGCCACGGUUCCUUUGAUCGACCGAUCCGUAUGCUCGAACGCGUCCGUCUACGGUUCGGGCGUCACUCCCAGAAUGCUGUGCGCUGGCUUUCUGAAGGGAGGUGUUGAUUCCUGUCAGGGGGAUAGCGGGGGUCCGCUGGUGUUCCUGUCGUCCCGGUGGCAGUUGGUGGGUGUGGUUAGCUGGGGAGGCGGUUGUGCUCGUAAAAACCAACCUGGAGUUUACACUGAUGUCCGACAGCUUCUGAACUGGAUUUACAGCAUCAUGGAUAAAUACCCUUAAGAAGCUUGGAGCUGCAUCUAAUGACACAACAGGACCAUUUGAAGCGUGGUUGUACCUGUACAGUUAAAGAAAUCUUUUACCAAUAUUAGAAUUCUGAAUGUUACCUGGGCUUCUGGGUUCGCGUUAUAGAAACGACGUCAUGUUCGUUGGUUCAUGUGCUCGCUCUCUUUACAUAUUUUAAAGUAAUAUUGGGCAUUUUGGGUGCUGUUUUAAAUUGAAGGUUUUGUUGUUUGUUUUUUUAGUGUUUGUUAAUAUACAGAUCAAAAUGGUCAUGCCUUGUGUUUUAUCACUGUCGUACAGGAAACUUGUGAAAAAAUAAACAAAUGUAUUUCAAUAAAGAGA